AUGGCUUCUUCCAUCACAGAGUGUCAUCGUGUCCUUCUCACGUUCAUUCGCACGCGUAAGAUUGUUCUGGAGGAUGAAAUGGACACCAAGUUCCCUAUCCUAAUUUCCCAUUUUGGUCUCGACAGCGAGAACCCUUCUUUACUACGAGAGUACAUCUCAACCAUUAAUGUGGCUCUUGAGAAACAUGCGUUCAAGAUUGAGACCAUCAGAGAUCAGGAAUCCAGAAAACUCCAGUAUGUGUUUAUAAAUACGCGUUUUGACGACGUAAUCCAAGGCUGUACGCCGUAUACGCCUCCAGAACUUGAUGCCAUCAAACAGGUGAUAGAUGAGAUCAUCAAUGCCAGCAAUUUCAGCUUUUGCUUUCCACAAGGUAACGCGAAACAGUUGGUGGGAUCCACGUUGAAGCAGAGAGCUAGCGAUGCUACCUAUUUCGUGGCCAGAUUGGUUGAUGACGGAUGGAUAGAAAUCACCCAGCUGAAUAGACUAGUUCUUGCUCCAGCAUCUUUGGCUGAGCUAAAGGAAUACCUAGCCGAUCGAUUUGGUUACUUUCUGGUCGAUGAUUUGCUGGGCAAGUUGCUCGUUUGCCAUACGUGUGGUGAUUUGGUGACUUUGGGUGUCAAAUGUAAGUCGCGUGAUUGUGGAAGCAGCUUUCACAAAAAAUGUGCUGAAGUAUACAUGAGAAGCAACGAUGGGUGUCCGAGCUCCAGUUGCUCAGAUACUCUUGAGGACAUGGUGAAGGUGGGUCCUUGA